AUAUUUAUAAUUAAAAUAAUACGACGUUUUAAAGUUCAUACAGUUAGACUGAGGAACAAAAAAUGAAGAAAACUUAAAUUUCUGUACGUCUGUUUUGUACCCGUAACAGUUCGUUUCUGUGCAUGUGCACUUUUACACAGAAGUAUGGACUUACGAUGUGUGUAUAUAUAUAUAUAUAUAUAUAUAUGAGGCCCAAUAUAUGAAGGGUACAGAAGUAGACAGUGCCGGCCCCACUCUGGGCCUAAGGGGGGACCCGGGGUCACAUUCCAAGAUGGCUGUGCCUGAGGAAUGCAGUGGGUGCCCCCCUAAGACGCCUUCCUCCCUCUCUUUUUAUUAAUCGAACCAAUUCACUCAUCCUAGCAAAUACUCUGAUUACUAGGACGAAGUAGUUAAUGUCAACGUCCAUUCGGUGAGUGUCGUAAAAAUUUGGAAGCAAGCGCUUCGCGGAGAAUAAAUGUGAGUGAGAAAAAGGAAGGUGGUGCGGGAAGUCCUAGAAAGGCCUUAUACUCUAAAAUGCGUGGCCUUAUCUAAUGGUGCUCCCUUGCCGCAGAUAAUGCUCAUGCAGGAGGAUGCUACCUGCUCGUCUUAAGCAAUGUCUCAUAGGGAUAUCUCUGAGGUGGAACCCGAAGGUACGUCGGCCUUGGCUGCUGGAUCAAGGUCUCUAUUCUUAGAAACAGUACGUCGUAGCAAUGCAGCAUGUCAAAAUGGUGAUUAUGCGCUUGCAGCAAGCUUAUACACAGAAGCUCUUGCGUUGGAUCCGCUCAGCCAUGUGCUGUAUUCAAACAGGUCUGCUGCUAGACUCAAAAUGGGUUUAUUUGCGCUUGCUCUUCAAGAUGCUGUUAGAGCAACUGAACUCAGUCCUCAAUGGCCAAAGGCAUAUUACCGUCAAGGAGUAGCAUUACAAUGUUUAGGAAGACAUGGGGAGGCCCUUGUGGCCUUCAGUACAGGCUUGGCACACGAUCCUUCUAAUUGUCAAUUAUUAUCUGGUUUGGUAGAAGCAUCUUUAAAAUCUCCGCUACGUGCGACAUUAGAACCAACAUUUCAACAAUUACGUGCAAUGAAACUUGAUGAAUCUCCUUUUGUUGUUAUUUCUGUUGUUGGUCAAGAACUUCUUGGAGCAGGGCAGUAUAAAGCAGCAGCUGGUGUAUUAGAAGCUGCACUUACUAUUGGUUCUUGUAGUUUAAAAUUAAGGGGUUCUGUAUUUUCUGCUUUAUCUAGUGCAUAUUGGGCAUUAAAUUCUUUGGACAAAGCUAUCAAUUAUAUGCAACAAGAUUUAGGUGUGGCACGAUCUUUAGGAGAUACACAGGGUGAAUGUCGAGCUCAUGGAAAUCUGGGCUCUGCAUAUUUUAGCAAAGGCAGUUUUAAGGAAGCUUUAACAGCACACAGGUAUCAAUUGGUUUUAGCUAUGAAGUGCAAAGACACUCAGGCUGCAGCUUCUGCUUUAACUAGCCUGGGUCACGUUUAUACAGCUAUUGGUGAUUUACCAAAUGCACUUGCUUCCCAUAAGCAAUGCGUUCAGUUAGUAAAACAAAUGGGAGAUCGACUUCAGGAAGCACGAGAAAUAGGUAACGUGGGAGCAGUUUAUUUAGCAAUGGGAGAAUUUGAAAGUGCUGUUGAUUGUCAUACCCAGCACUUAAGAAUAGCAAGACGAUUAGGAGAUCGCGUAGAGGAAGCAAGAGCUUUUAGUAACUUAGGAUCAUCUCAUCACUAUCGAAGAAAUUUCGGUCAAGCAAUGGCUUAUCACGAAAAUGUUCUAAGAAUAGCUCAAGAACUCGGCGAUAGAGCAAUAGAAAUGAGAGCUUAUGCUGGAUUGGGUCAUGCUGCAAGAUGUGCAGGCGAUCUUGCACAAGCCAAGCUGUGGCACCAGAGACAACUUGACGUUGCAUUAGCUACAAAAGACAAAGUAGCCGAAGGACGAGCAUGCAGCAAUUUAGGAAUUGUUUAUCAAUUACUUGGUGAACAUGAAGCUGCACUUAAAUUGCAUCAAGCUCAUUUAGGAAUUGCUAGAUCGUUAGGAGAUAAAGCUGGUAUGGGCAGAGCAUAUGGAAACAUCGGGAAUGCGUAUAACGCAUUAGGAUAUUACGAACAAGCUAUUAAAUAUCAUAAACAAGAAUUAACAAUAAGUAAAGAGGUCAAUGAUCGUAGUUCAGAAGCUAGUACACAUGGGAAUUUAGCAGUAGCAUAUCAAGCUGUACAGGGACACGAAGCAGCGUUAAGGCAUUAUAGAGCUCAUUUAGCUAUAGCACGCGAAUUAAAAGACACGGCUGGAGAAGCGUGUGCUUUACUUAAUCUUGCCAAUUGUUUGUCAUCUCGUGGGAGAUUUGAAGAAGCAGUUCCAUAUUAUGAAAAUUACCUUAUGUUAUCUCAGGAGUUACACGAUGUUGAAGGAGAAGCAAAAGCAUGUCACUUCUUAGGUUACGCCCAUUAUUGUUUAGGUAAUCAUCGCGAAGCUGUCAGAUAUUAUGAUCAAGAUUUGGCCUUAGCUAAAGAUUUACAGGAUAAAUCUGGAAUGGGAAGAGCUUAUUGCAAUUUGGGAUUAGCACAUCUAGCUCUUGAAAAUUUAGAUACAGCAUUGGAAUGUCAAAAAUAUUAUUUGGCUAUUGCACAUAUGACUAAGCAUUUGGCUGGAAAAUUUCGAGCUUUGGGGAAUAUUGGUGGUUGUCUCUUGCGUCUUGGUGAAGCUGAAGAAGCGAUAAAAAUGCAUCAACGACAAUUAAAUUUAGCCCGGCAGGCGGGUGAUCGGAGCCUAGAAGCUGCUGCUUAUGGAGCUUUAGGUAUCGCACAUCGAACGAUAAAAAAUCUUGAUAAGGCAUUAGGAUUUCAUACUCAAGAAUUAACUUUAAGACAAGAAGCUGGAGAUUUGCGUGGCGAGUGUAGAGCUCACGGAAAUUUGGGUGCGGUACACAUGGCGUUGGGUCAGUACACGCAUGCAGUAAAAUGUUAUCAGGAGCAGCUUGAAAGAGCGAAAGAAUUAGCGGAUUCAGGAGUCGAAGCUCAAGCUCUAGGAAACUUAGGAAUAGCUAGACUUAACAUGGCACAUUACGAAGAUGCAAUUGGAUAUUUUGAACAGCAACUGGCAACUUUGGAACCGCUAACUACAGGAACAGCUUUAUUAGACAAAGCUAGAGCACUUGGAAAUCUAGGCGAUUGUUACGAAGCUUUAGGAGAUCCAGAGGAAGCUAUUAAAUGUCAUGAACAGCAAUUAGCAGCUUCUACAAAGCUGAAAAGUAUAAGAGAACAAGAGAGGGCAUAUCGAGGAUUGGGUAGAGCUCGAGAAGCAACUGGAAAUUUACAAGAAGCUCUAGUUUGCUUUGAAAAGAGGUUAGUGGCUGCGCAUGAAGUCGACAGCCCCGAAUCAAGAGGCGCAGCGUAUGGAGAUUUAGGCAGGGUACAUGCUGCAUUAGGAAACCACGAACAAGCUGUCAGCUGUUUAUCGCACCAACUUGCUCUUGCUAGAGGACUUGGAGAUAAAGCUGCUGAAGCAGAAGCUGCAAGCGGACUAGGAGCGGUUCACUUAUUAAUGGAUGAUCCAAAUUCUGCAUUACGUCAUCAUCAACUAGAACUUUCAAUUGCUGAAGGCUUAGAUGCAUCUGGAUUACAAGCGAGGGCUUGCGCAAAUUUGGGUGUAACCCAAGAAGCAUUAGGACAAUUCGAAGAAGCUAUAAGAUUACAAGAACAAUCCUUAAGCCUUGCGGCGGCAGCUGGAGAUCAACCGGCAAGAGCAGCUGCAUUUUCUAGUUUAGGGCGUCUUCAUCAUUUGUGCGGUGAUUUAUCACGAGCCUUGAGUUACUUACAAUCUGGAUUAUCACUGUCCGAAGGAUUAGGAAGAAGAGAAGAAGCAGCUAGAUUGAGACACAGGCUUGGCCUUGUUCAUUGGGAAGCUGGUGAAGCGUUAAUUGCCGUAGAACAUUUAGAAAAGGCAGCAAAUUUAUUAGAAUCAUUAGAUGGAACCUGUUCGGUUCUUACCUGUGGACAACCAAACAAGUCUGAAUUAUUAUCAGAAACAUAUAGAAUGUUACAAAAAGUAUUGAUCAGUUUGAAUAGAGCCGAGGAAGCUUUAAAUUGGGCAGAAAGAUCGAGACGAUGUAAAAGUAACUGUUUGGAUGAGGCUGCGCAUUAUUCGGAAAUCAUUGACAGACAACGCGGUGUUAUAUUAUAUUAUAGUGAAGUUGGAUGUGAAUUGCACGCUUGGUGCUUAGCUCCGGGUCGAGGACUCUUGCGAUUUCAUUCUACUACUUUGGAUGACGGUAUGGGACUAGAAAAACGAGUUGUGCAAGCGCGAGAAGCUCUCUUGGAUGAAACAAAUGAACUUGUCGAAGAAGCAAAAAUACCAUCAAGAGGACAUCACCUUAAUGCUAGUUCUUAUAGCUUGAGUAGUUUAUUUAGUGUGGGAUCAGUUAGUUCACGAGCAGGAAGUGCACGAUGGGGACGAGGAACGAAAGGACCUACAUGGCAGCCACCAUUACCGAUUCAAGUCCUCUACGAUCUACUUUUAGCCCCAUUCGAAGAUCUCUUACCGCCUGCAAGGAAGGAAUUAAUUAUGGUAGUGGAGAAGUCGCUGUAUUUGGCACCACUUCCAGCUUUACAAUCAAAUCCUGGAGAAGAUUAUCUAUGCGAAAGAUUUUCUUUAUUGGUUGUACCAUCCCUUGCAGCGCUGAGAAAACGCUCGAAAACGCCUAUGCCUGAAGGCGGUGCAACAGUAGCUGCAUUAGUUGCAGGAAAUCCCGUACUUCCUGAAGAAAUUAAAGAAGAAUAUGGAUGGUCUGAAAGCGUAGCUUCUACUGAAACAGAAUCUGAGAUCGUUGCUGAGUUACUAGAAGCCCGUGCAUUAACUGGGGCGGAAGCAACUAGAUCGGCUGUUUUAAGAUCUUUACCCGAUGCAGAAUGCGUACAUUUGACAGUACCAGUCUUUUGGAAUUCUAGCAGUUUAGUAUUAACCGCUGAUCAAUGCGAAGAGCCUUCUGAAAGACCAGAGUAUUUACUAAGUUAUUCAGACAUCUCAAAGCUGAGGAUAGCUGCUCGUUUGGUUGUAAUAUCGAGUGGUCACUGUUGGAGCAGCACAGAAAAUACGAGUGCUACAUCGGAUGGUGUGCAAAAUUUAGCUAAGGCUUUGUUAAAUGCAGGAGCGCAAUGUGUACUUAUAGGAAUGUGGGCGGUUCCGCCCACAGCUGGUAGUAUUUUAUUACGAGCAUUUUAUAGUGCUAUGUUACAAGGUGCUAGAGCAUCAAGAGCAUUGGCAGAAGCUAUGCAAACAGUUCAGCAUACGAGACACUUUGCACAUCCUGCAAAUUGGGCUGGUUGGCUACUUGUUGGGGGGGAUGCAAGAUUAUCAAACAAGGUUGCUUUAAUGGGACAAGCGCUUGCAGAACUAUUGCGCGGUGGUCCUGAACAAAGUCGUGACGCUCUACGCGUAACGCUUCAUUUAGUAGAAAAAUCAUUGCAACGAAUACACCGUGGACAAAAAAAUGCUAUGUACACAACUCAGCGUAGUAUUGAAAAUAAGGUGGGAGCAGCCACGGGCUGGCGAGAACUGUUAAUGUCGGUAGGGUUCAGAUUUGAACCAGCUGGAAACGGUAUACCAUCCUCUGUAUUUUUCCCGCAAAGUGAUCCUGAAGAAAGAUUAACAAGAUGUAGUGCAAGUUUGCAAGCAUUGCUAGGAUUAGGGCCAUCAUCACUACACGCGCUUGCUCGAUUGUUACAGGCACCGGAAGCUGCAGAAGAUGUCAUUUCAGCAAUGAGAAGAGCUAGUUGUGCAACAGAAGGCCAAGAAGUUACAUUACCAGUUCAAGUAUGGAGAGCAUCAGGGUCUCAUGAAUUGUUUGCAAGUUUAGGAUUUGACCUUAUGGAAGUUGGUCAAUCAGAAGUCACAUUAAGGACAGGAAAACAAGCAUCGCGAAGAGCUGUUCAAUUCGCUCUACAAGCUCUUCUUGCUUUAUUCGACACGCAAGAAGCACCUAAAAGCCUCAGUUUAGAUUCCAGUAGUUCAAUGGAAAGCCUAGCUUCUGUUGCUCAUACUGAAAAGAAUGUCAUAGAACGACCACGAUUAGGAGGCGCAUUUGCAAAUUAUGUCCGACAUCGAGGUGAACCCGAUGGAAAAACUAUGGAACCACCAAAUAUUCCAAUUCCAACAUCUCGACAACCAUGUCAAAGUGGAGGAGGCGAAUCGGAUGUUGCUUUUACUCCCAGUCCUCCUGUAGCACUCAACUUAAACCAUCAAACACAUAUUAGAAAUCUUUAUCCUGAACAAAGCAUAAGACCUGGGUCUAGCUCAAGUAGUUCGGUAACCGAUUGGGAUAAUGGUCACGCAACAGUUUUAAGACGGCAGCCAUUACCACCGUUACCAGCAACUAUUCUAGAACGAUUAAGUGUCAGAACAGAAAUUGGAUCUAAUUCUCCGAGGAAACCUCGUCAUCCUACAGCAACUGAAGACAUUUGUUCUCAGUCUGAUUCUACGCAACCCACAGAAACGCAUAAUCAAAAUUUAAGGAAUGUAGCCACAUCUCUCACAAGCCUCACACGUGAAUUAACACCUACAAUAUCAGAAGUGUAUCAUGAGCGAAAUUUAGGGUUAGGUUUGGCGCCAUCUUUAUCAAAAUUAUUAGAAGAAGUAGGUUCCGUUCCCGAGAAUGAAGAAACUCAAUCGACGCGAGUAAAUCAUAAUCAAACUCAGAACUGGAUGCAAAAUGAAUCGGAAUUAUGUCGAAGAGACGAGGCUGACGGUAGAUCUAUCGCUGAAUCACAAUGCAGUGCUGCCAGUUCUAACAAAAUACAUAGAAAAGCACCUCCUCCACCAGUAUAGAUUAUUUAUAUAAUAUUUAUAAGCAUUAAAUAAUAUUUUAAAUGUGGAUAAUAGUACUGGGUACCAAAGAAUGAAAGAUAUUUUAUUGGAAACAAAUUUUCAGUUUUGUAAUUAGAGCUGGGAACAAUUCAUGGUAAUUGCUUACUAUAUAGCAAUAUGAUUCUACCUGAUAUUAUUUCUAGAUCUAUUUUUUAAUAUGAUAUCAGUAAAUGCCAUUUCCACUUACAUUGAUAAUUAAUAAAAUUUAAUAUGAAAAGCAUACUGUUUACAGUAACACCCAAUGCUAUACCUAUAUAUUUGUUGAUGCAAAAAUGUAUUAUAUUACUAUUAAGAUGAACGUGUAAGAUAAUGUUGCAUUGAAAUUUACUGAAUGAAAACACGUAUUGCUAUGUGUAAAACAUUACUACUUAGUUAACUGUACGUAUGACAGACUGAAGAUGAAUUUAAGAUUGUAGUAUGUAUUUCGCUAACUUGUACUUAUUCCAUUUUUCAUAAAUAUAUUGUCACCUUCUUUUUUAUGUGUUGGUCUUUUUUUUACAGAAAUUAUGGAAAUAUAUUUGAAAUUAUAAUAUUUCAAGAAUAUAUUGAUAAUUCUGUGUUUAAUUAAUUUACAGAUAUAAAUUAAAUUCAGAAACUAGACUUAAAAAUAUAAGUUUAAAACACAAAUAAAAAGAAAUU